AUGAGAGAAAUCAUUCAUUUGCAAGUUGGCCAGUGCGGUAACCAGAUUGGUACUAAGUUUUGGGAAAUAAUAUCGGAGGAGCAUGGCAUCGAUCAGCUGGGCAUGUACAGAGGCACUAGCGACCUGCAACUCGAUCGACUGAACGUUUACUACAACGAAGGAACUGGAGGCAAAUAUUACCCUCGUUCAAUUUUGGUGGAUCUGGAGCCAGGAACUAUGGACGCCGCAAGGGCUGGUCCGUACGGGCAAAUGUUCAGACCCGACAAUUUUGUGUUUGGCCACAGUGGUGCGGGCAACAACUGGGCCAAAGGGUUUUACACUGAAGGAGCAGAACUAGUGGAUGCUGCGCUGGAUGUCGUUCGUCGUGAAGCAGAAAGUGCUGACUGCCUCCAGGGAGUUCAGCUGACUCACUCGUUAGGGGGAGGUACGGGAUCUGGCAUGGGUACUCUGCUGCUCACUAAAAUGAAUGAAGAGUACCCCGAUCGUAUAAUGAUGUCCUUCUCUGUUGUCCCUUCCCCAAAAGUGUCGGACACAGUCGUUGAACCGUAUAAUUGCACACUGGCCAUGCACCAUCUCGUUGAAAACACAAGUGAAACGUUCUGCAUGGACAAUGAAGCCCUCUACGACAUUUGUUUCAGGACCCUCCGCCUUUCAAACCCAACUUACGGAGAUUUGAAUCAUCUUGUUUCUGCAACCAUGAGUGGAGUCACCACGUGUUUGCGCUUUCCUGGACAGUUGAACGCCGAUCUGAGGAAGCUGGCAGUGAACAUGGUCCCAUUUCCGCGCCUCCAUUUCUUCGUUCCUGGAUUUGCUCCCCUGACUGCCAGGGGCAGCCAACAGUACAGAGCCCUGAACGUGUCCGCCCUCGUCCAGCAGAUGUUCGAUGCAAGGAACAUGAUGGCAGCUUGCGAUCCUCGACACGGAAGGUAUUUGACUGUCGCCACAAUGUUUAGAGGGAAGAUCUCCGCCAAAGAAGUGGACGACCAGAUGUUGAACAUGCAGAAUAAGAAUAGUCCUUACUUCGUCGAAUGGCUGCCCAAUAACGUGAAAACUUCUCUUUGCGACAUUCCUCCUUGCGGCUUGAAGAUGUCUGCAACCUUCAUCGGAAACACAACUGCGAUACAGGAAUUGUACAAGCGUAUAUCGGAGCAGUUCACUGUGAUGUUCCGCCGGAAAGCCUUCUUACACUGGUACACGGGCGAAGGCAUGGAUGAGAUGGAAUUCCAGGAAGCACAAACGAACCUGAACGACCUCGUCUCAGAAUACCAACAGUACCAAGAAGCCAAGUGCACAGAUGAAGCAGAGUUUGAUGAGGAAGAGAUUGACGACGUGGACGAAAGCAAAGAAAUACAGUAA